UCACCACAGGCAGCUACAAUCAACACCCUCGAGGCUGUGGAGAGGGCUACAGAAACAUUGAGGGGCAUCCAGGGGCAUCAGUAAGGGACUACCCCUCACCCUACGCUGUCACAUGUCAAGAUCACCUUGGGAACGAUCCCAAAAGACACUUAUCAAUACAAGCAACCACAGACCC